AUGAAAUAUUUAAGCGCCGCAAAAAAAAGUGAAUGCCGUCUUAAGCAACUUGACCCCUGGGAUCCUCAACUUAUCCCUUAUUUAUAUCCCAACUGGAAUCCAUACAAAGAAUGUCGCAUAAGUCGCGAAAUGCAUACUGAAUUGAAAUACAACACUGUUCGGAUGCUUGAUAACACGUAUGUGGUGAAACCAAAAGGAAAGGUAUUUCAAAAAGAGGAUGUAUUGCAUCCAGGCGUAUUCAUCUUGGUUCUUGAUUCAACCUCAUCUUCAUCCGGAAUUCGCACAAUCAUGAAAACUAAUCAACUAUUUAUUGAAAUUCAUGUAAAAGGUCGUAAUUCUGAGGUUUUGCGUCAAUUGUACGAUGCGACAACAUUUUAUUAUCACAACAAAGCUGGCCUUAACAGUCGACCAAAUGCUUUUGCCAUGUUUUCAGGAACUCGUAUAUCUGAACUGGAUGAGUUUCGUUUUCCUGGUAAAAGUACAUCGGAGCAUCCAAAUUCAUGUAAGGAUGGUGUAAAAAGAAAUGAUACUGUAACCUACGAUUUCGUUGAUCAAAAUUAUGCAUCAGUAAUAGCGGAAGAUUGGGUUGGCGCAUUUAAUUGGCCAAAUUGUAAAGGUUAUGGCAUUCCUCCAACCGAUCAUUACACAGGGAGAGACGAAAAAAUUUUCAAAAAUUAUUUUUAUACGGGUGAAUGCCAGGAAACCUAUCAUAAGCUAUUGGAUUAUAUCAGCAAAUUCUUGGACGAAUAUAACGGAAUUUCGAAAUUUGUUAUGAUAUGGUUAUCAUUGAUAGCACAUGAUUCGGCUAGUGGAUUGUAUCGCACUGAUAAUUAUUUUGCUGAUUUUUUUCGUAAACAUGCCAAAAAAUUGGAGAAUUCAUUCAUAUUUGUAAUGGGUGACCAUGGAUUACGAUUUGGCGGUAUUCGACAAACUCCGCCUGGUCAAACUGAAGAUAACAAUCCAUUGCUUACAAUAGCACUACCAAAAUAUUUACGUUCAAAUAAGCAGCUUAUUUUGAAUUUAAAACAAAAUUCUCGAAGACAUACAUCCCAAUUUGAUUUCUACGCAACAUUAUAUGAUAUAGCACGAUAUGCAAGGAAAGAUAAUUUCCAAAAAUGGGAUGAACACGAUUUCAGGAAUGAACUUGGUGAGAUAAGAGGCGGAAUUCGUGCAAAAAGUAUGUUGAGGCCUAUUCUGUAUGACAGGUAA